AUGGCGGAGACUGGCCAGAACACUGAGCGGGCCGAAGAACUCCCCAAGUUUCUCAAGGAGGCCAUCGAGCGUCGGGAUGUGCCGAAGCUCCGAGAGGCCAUCAUUGACAUGAGCAGAGAUGGUCCGACCAACAUUGAAGGGGCGGAAGAGGCCAAGAAGAUGAUCAAGCGGUAUCAAAUUCGAGCUCGUGCCCUUGACCAUGCGGUUGGGGAGCGAAAGAUCAACUCCAUCCAGGCUGCAUUGUCAACAUGGGACUUCAGCCGAGAUGACAUUCAUGCCGUCAAGGCUCGGCAGGCCAUUGCUCGAAGGGACCAACAGAAACAGAAACUACAUGAUGCCGUGCACAAACGUGAUGGGCCACGGCUGAACCAGGUGGUGAAUGAUUGGGAGUUUGACCGCAAUGAUGAGGACCAAGGGACUGACCUGGGAAUCAGGCCGAUCCUUUUGACGUUGUCGCGCUACGAGAAGAUGGUGAUGGAUGUUGGGAGGACGGAGCGACGGAGAGAGCGUGAGCGUCAUGAGAUGUCGGCUCCAUAA